AUGGAGGAAAUAGAGGAAUAUCCUCCAUCACCGAGUUAUCUCCCGCUGACCCAGAUUCCUGAACCUGAUACCGGUCAUCCAUGCAACGAAACAGGUAGCAUCAAGAGCAACGACAGCGAUGAUGACUGUAUUCACGACGAAGCGGUGUUGAAUUGCUAUUUUCAUGUAACCCAUGCAUUUGCCACCAAACGAAGCUACGUUUCCAAGAUGAAGAACAAGCAGUUUGCCGCGCCUAAGGGAACUGCUUACAGGCAUGUUUCGAACAUUGCAAGCACGAAGACAAUGGAGCAACGACGUGUUGUCACAGACCUAUACUUAGAAGACUGGAGAGAACAUCGUGGGGAAGCAAAAGCAGCGGAUCAUUUGGAGAAUGAAUAUUGUACUUAUCCUCGCUACAACUGGAAUUAUGCCUGUGCUGGAGAGGUUGGAGUGUAUCCUUCGAACUGUCCAAACGAAAGCUUUAACAGGCACGGAAUCAAGAGCAUCGCCACCGAUUGUUCAAAGAAUGCCUCACUAGCUGCAUUCCUUGUCCACAUUGCACCACGAUUAUUGGAAGAAGAUUCGAAUUCGCGGAGCGAUCCAUGCACAAUCGAGAUACCACGGUGUGCUUCUAUCUUUGCUGUUGGUGUCACGGGCUUUCUGAAAGAAGGAAUCGAUGUGGUGAAGCUUGGAGAAGAUGAGUAUGGGAAUGCUUCCAGUUGGCUCUGCAACUUGCGACACAAGAUUGGUGUUCCCAUAGACGAACGACGCAUUCGCUUGGUACGGGCAUCACUCGAUGGUGACAAGAGGCCAUUUGAGAAGGAAUUGUCAUCAAUAGGACUCUGCUUUCCAGAACAGGUAGCAGAUUCGAUGGUGAAAAUGACGAGUACGACAAGUGCCAACGCAAGAGGUGAUGUGGCAAAGGCGAGCGGCAGGGGAAACAUCAGAAAACUCUAUCAGGGUGGUCUUCCGAAGAAUACGAAACGCCGCUGCUUGUCAAAGAUGAUCGAAUCUUUUGAUGCGUAUCUUGGCACGAUGAACCAUCAACAGCUGACUAGAUUGUUUCUGUACUUACGUUUGUUUCGAGUAGACCAGACAGGAACAGAUCCUAUGAAGGGGCAAACAACACAGACCCUACUGGAUACCCUCGUUUCCUUCUCAGAUAAUCCCACAGGAUACCGUGCGAUGCUAUUGGCAAGACCUAGGGAGCAAACAACGUUCGGUGUGGUGAAGACAAUUGCCACCAAGAUGCACACUGCCAGCGUACCCCCCGAAAAGGAGAACAACAAAAAGUGA